CCAAACAGCCGUUGGACACCAGAGCACGACUAUCCCAGCAAGGAACACAUUCAAAAUCAAACAAUCAAUAUCAGGCCUAUUGCCGCAAAAUGUAUGGCCGCGUGAUCCGGAUCAUAGCUUAAUUCAUUCCAGCUCCACAGGCGUGCGACUAACCACGAGCAAAGCUCCAUAGAAUACGCGCACCCAUAAGUUCACUGGUGUUUUCGACGUUAAACAAAGACCACCACAGCAGCGAAAACCCACCUGUAUCCCCGAAAAUGGCCUUGGCUGAAACCAUUCUACGCAAGGCAAACAAGCUCGGGCUUUUCCCGAAAGUCAUCGCGAAGCUCCCCGUGGUUUCGCUCGUCUUUGCCCUCGUCAGUGUAUGUUGGCUUCUUCUCUUGCCUAUGGACGGCCAGUUCCGCCACACGUACAUCUCCGAAAACGCGUUGAUGCCCGGCCAGGUCAACUCGUAUUUCCGGGAAUCAGAAUGGAACCACGUGCGUGGAUUCCGGGCCGAGACCGCCAAGUGGGCCUUCGACCAGGUGUCCCACGAGAACCCACAACUAGAAGCGUGGCUUCGGGACUUUGGCUUGACGGUGUCGCAUCAUUUUGACGCCAAAACAAACUCCAGCACCAUGUACGCGCUCAUGCACGCGCCGAGGGGCGACGAUACCGAGUCUCUUGUGUUGGUGACGCCGUAUUUCACGUCCAGUGGAGAGGAAAACAUAGGCGGGCUAGCGUUGGCGCCGGCGUUGGCACGGUACUUCUCGCGGAUGUCCAUCUGGUCGAAGAACAUCAUUUUCGUGUUUCCCAAAGACGGCCACUCGGUGCUCCGCUCGUGGGUUGAGGCCUACCACACCACCUUGGACGUCACGGCAGGCUCGAUCGAGGCGGCCAUUGUGAUGGAGUACCCGUUGGAAUCCGACAACUUCAGCCACUUGGAAAUCAUCUACGAGGGCCUUAACGGGCAGUUGCCCAACUUGGACUUGAUCAACGUCGCCACAACCGUUGCCAGGCACGAAAACAUGAAGGUCAGUGUCCAGGGCACAUCCCACGAGAACCUCGACCGAUCCGAUUACUGGUCGCGCCUCGAGGUGUUGGCGCGGGGCAUUUUCAAAUUGGCCGUGACGGGCGUCAACCGCAAGUCCUACGGCUGCGAGGCGUUCUCAGGCUGGCAGAUCCAAGCCAUCACCGUAAAGGCCGUGGGGACUGGAGGGCCGGACGUCACGCAGUUCGGGCGGAUCGUGGACUCGUCCUUCCGGUCCGUGAACAACUUGCUUGAGAAGUUCCACCAGUCGUUUUUCUUCUACUUGUUGCUUUCGCCCACGCAUUUCGUGUCCAUCGGCACCUACUUGCCGUCGGCCGUUCUUCUUGGCGCGUCGUUCCUCGUGAGCUCGCUCUACUCAUUUGCACGUGGUGUUUCCGCAGCAGAGUUUUUAUCCAGCAUUGGCAGCGUGUUGCGCUUGUUUUCCGCCAUAGAGGCUGUUUGCAUAGUGGGGGCAGUGUUCCUUCAAAACUUGGCAGUGUCCUCUGCCGAUCCAGAACCGGUUGCGCAGGCCAUCACCGUGGCAUUGAUUGCUUUCACAGUGGUGCUUUCCACGGGCUCCCUCACCUUCGGUGCACUUAAACUCCGGGUGUCCAGACCAGCGUCGUACUUGAUUCUUUCCUUUGCGCUCUAUUUCAUUGCCAUGCUCAUCGUCGCACUCUUGAUUGUGCACUUUGCGUUGGCCUUCUCCAUCGGCAUCAGUGCGCUUCCCUUGACUUUCAUCCAAGACCUGCUAAUGCAGACCCACGGCAGCGGCGCUGCGCUGCUUAGAACAAGGCUGAAAGUCGUGUUGUGUCUCGUCGUCUCGUCGCCCAUAACUGCUGUGGUCCUCUUGGGCUACAUUCUCGAUGGGGGUAAGACCGAUGGUGUUUUGGGUCUCGUCCACGGGCUUCUUUCGUCGUGGCAUGAAAUGCAGAGCUGGACUUGGUUUGUGCUUGCCUUGGGCUGGCUUCCGGCUUGGGUGGCCGUGGCACUCGUGUGUGCCUUCGGCGAUUUCAGCGUGCCCGUCAAGCAAAAGAACGAAUAGUGGGCUGUACCUACGUAAAAGCCAAUUAAAAAUGAAGAGUCCUUUAACCAUACACAGUCACCUAACGAAAAUCAGUGUCUCACAAGCGACACUUUAGUUCUUGUACUUGGCUACAAAGUUCUUGUGGAACAGUUCCCAUCUCUCGAUCCAGUUCGUGCCUGGAGGCAAGAACGUGGUUCUCAAGUGGUACGUUCCGG